AUGCAUCUCCGCCCCGACCACGCCGUGCGUGACCUCCCCACCCUCCACGCCUUCAUCCACGCCCACCCCCUCGGCGUGCUCACCACGUCCAUUCCCUCGGAGAACCACCCGACACUGCAAUGCAGCCACAUCCCCUGGGUGCUGGACAGCGAGGACACGGAGACGGCACAUGGGACAGAGAAUAGACCCGCUCUGGGGGUUCUGCGUGGCCACAUUGCCCGCCAAAACCCGCAAAGCCAAGCCAUAGUCGAGGCUGUUACCACCACCACCAGCAGUGAGACUCCAGCUUCAGCUACAAGCAACACUAUAAAAGAAUAUACACUCCCCGACGACGUCCUCAUCGUCUUUACCAGCCCCAUCGACCACUACAUCACCCCACACUUCUACACCGAAUCCAAGCCCGCCACGGGCAAAGUCGCCCCGACGUGGAACUAUGCCGCCGUGCAGGUCUACGGGCGCGCGACAAUUUACCAUGAUAGCAAGGAAGAGGCGACGGCCGCGUUUCUGCGGGGACAGAUCUCUGAUCUGGCGCGGUUGGGUGAGGUGGGGGUUAUGGGGUUUGAUGAGAAUACUACGGAAGAGAACCAGUCAAAGAAAAAGAGCCAGCAACAGGGACAGCAACAGAGCGGCCGUUCGUCUGAGUCCGCGCCUGCGCCGUGGAAGAUUGCCGAUGCGCCGGCUGGAUAUAUUGCGGUUCUGUUGAAGAAUAUUGUCGGUAUGCGGAUUGAGAUUGUGCGUAUUGAGGGCCGCUUUAAAGUGAGUCAGGAGCGGCCGGUUAAUGAUCGUGGGGGUGUGGUUGAGGGACUGGAGAGGAUGCAGACGGCGCGGGCGAAGGAGAUGGCUGAUUUUGUGCGGAGGGGGAGGUUGUAA